AUGUUGCAGCUCCUGCCUGUUGCUGUCUUGUGCCUUCAACUUCUGCCCCUGUUGCUCUGUGAGAAUCUGCUGUGCUAUUUCAGUCCCAUACUGGAGAAGGAGAAGAAGUUUGAACUCAUUGUGACAGAGUGUACUCCUAAUGAGGUGUGCUUCAAGGUGCUGGGUCGCUAUGGAAACUUCACAGCCCUGUCGGCCAGGGGGUGCUUGCUGGAGAAGAGCUGUGGAAAACAAAGCAACAUCCGACUCAAAGGGACAGGCUACGUCAUGACCUACAGCUGCUGUGACUGGCCAUACUGUAACUUGGGGGUCACAGUCAAACCUUUUUAUGUCCUUGCAACACUUAUGGCUGUCUGCAUCAUGGCCUGUUAG